AAGUACUAAAACAAAUAUUUCUAGUAAUUACUAUAUUGAAAUGAAUUCUGAUAAUAAUAUAUUAAAUCAAAAAGAUUUUGAUAAUGAAAUUUCAAAUAAUGAAGAUUUUGGUAAUACAUUGAGUGAAAAUGAUUUGUUAAGUAAGAAUAAUAAAUUUACCAAAGAUGAUAUAUUAACUAAAAGUAGUGUGUUAAGUAAAAACAAUAUGUUAACUGAUAAUGAUAUGUUUAACAUAGGUAGUUCAAUGAGUAAAGAUAAUAUGCUAAGAGAAGUUGUUAAUGAAUCUUUAUAUAUCAUCAAUUAA